AUGGGCUGCGGGGCCGCUGCCGACUUCAGCUGGAGCGUGGUGACCGGUCUGCAGACAGGUAUGGAGUUCUGGAUUUUUGGGAACGACGGCACCAUCAGCCUGCAGGGGCCUCCCUUCGACAAGGUGCUGGGCGGAAAGCGCGGCGACGAGGCCCUGUCGGAGCUGCCCAUCGCGCCGGAAAAGCGCGGCAAGUGGCGGGUGGAGGAGGAGUUCAUCAACGCCAUACGCGGCGAGGAGGCGAUCACCCACACGCCGUUCGACAUCGGCGUUCAGUACAUGGAGUUCACUGAGGCCGUCACCCGCAGCGCCCAGACGGGGGAGGCCAUCUCGCUGCCGCUGUAG